UGAAGACCAUAACCUUAACCCAUUCAAAACUCUUUAAAUUCUACGUUGUAUUACCAAUGCUAUAAAAACAUUGGCAUUGCUUCAUAUUUUUCACAAACAACAUGGGAUUCUCUAAAACCUCUCUAUCUCUUUUGUUAUUGUUCGUUUUGUUUUCUUCUUCAUACGCAACUUCUCGCAUCACACAUCAUCAUAGUUUUUCAUCAACACCAAAAUUUUCACCAAACCAACGAGCUGAAAAGCUUAUAAAAAGCUUUAACUUAUUGCCAAAGGAUCCAGUUAAUAUAAUUCAUGGUGAUCACUCUAUUGAUCAUUUUGUCCCUGGAAAACUCGUCGAGAAGAAGUUCUCGUUUUUUAGUGAUUCUAAUGGUCCUUCUAUUGAAGAUCUUGGUCAUCAUGCCGGAUACUACUCGCUUCCUCGUUCCAAAUCCGCAAGGAUGUUCUAUUUUUUCUUUGAAUCAAGAAAAAAUAAUAAGGAUGCCCCAGUUGUGAUAUGGUUGACUGGAGGUCCAGGUUGCAGUAGUGAACUAGCUUUGUUUUAUGAGAAUGGUCCUUUUAAAAUAGCCAAUAACUUGUCUCUUGUGUGGAAUGAUUAUGGUUGGGACAAGGCAUCAAAUAUUCUAUUUGUUGACCAACCCAUUGGGACAGGAUUUAGUUACACUUCUAAUGAAGAUGAUAUUCCACAUGAUGAAACUGGUGUUAGCAAUGAUUUGUACGAUUUCUUGCAGGAGUUUUUCAAGCAGCACCCUAAGUUCAUCAAGAAUGACUUCUAUAUUACUGGAGAAUCAUAUGCUGGACACUAUGUUCCUGCUCUUGCAUCUAGGGUUCACCAUGGAAAUAAAGGCAAAAAAGGGAUUACCAUAAACCUCAAGGGUUUUGCCAUAGGUAAUGGGUUGACCAAUCCAGCAAUUCAGUACCAAGAAUACUCUCAGUUUGCAUUUGAUAACAAAAUGAUUACAAAGCAAGAUCAAGCUGAUAUCAACAAGUUGAUCCCUGAUUGCGAGGUUGCCAUAAAAACUUGCGAGAGUAAAGGUGGAGAAAGUUGCUCGUCAGCCUUAUACCAAUGCGAACAGAUAAUCAAUAAUAUUUUGUCCAUUUCUGGUAACGUUAACUACUAUGACAUAAGAAAGAAAUGUCAAGGACCACUGUGUUAUGACUUCUCAAAUUUAGAGAAACUUCUAAACAAAAAGACAGUUAGGGAUGCUUUAGGUGUUGGGGACAUAGACUUUGUGUCAUGCAGCAGAGUGGUGUAUAAUGCAAUGUUGCAAGAUUGGAUGAGAAACUUUGAAGUGGAUAUUCCUGAACUUCUUGAGGAUGGAAUUAAGGUUCUUAUAUAUGCUGGGGAAUGACUUUAUUUGCAAUUGGCUUGGAAAUUCAAAAUGGGUUCAUGCAAUGGGGUGGUCAGGUCAAAAACAGUUCGCGGCAUCGAAAACAGUUCAAUUUGUUGUUGAUGGUACACAAGCAGGAUUGUUGAAUAGUUAUGGACCUCUCUCUUUUCUAAAGGUGAAUGGGGCAGGACAUAUGGUCCCUAUGGAUCAACCAAAAGCUGCACUUCAGAUGUUGGCAAACUGGAUGCAUGGGAACUUGAAUAGGACAA